AUGUCUAGCGACAUGUUGAAGAGGGGGACCACCUUGACUCGCAUCUCCAAGGGCUUCUACAACGCGCUGGAUCCGAAUCAUCUGCAAGAUAAUAGACUUGACAAGCUCCUUGUCAAGAGAGAAAUCAUUAUGAUGCAGGUAAUGAAUACCAUCACUGAGAAACCCAAGUCGGAACGAAAGGUCUUUGACGAGACCAUCACCAACAAAUGGCGCGAAGAAAUCGCCCAAAAACUGCAGUGGAAGACAUCUUGUCUCGAGAAACAUGGAUACCUCGAGGUCUUUGAAAAUGUGAUCAAGUCGGAUACCGCCGUUUCCAAAGAGCUUCAGGAUGCACUGAAAGAGGCAGUAAAGCCUCUCGAGGAUGUUCCCGAGGAUCAGAAAGACUACCACCCCAGCUCAGAUGACAAGGUACUGGACCUCGUGCACCCAUUUCACUUCCCGGUUCUCUACGCCAAAACGCGAGUCCUCCCUGAUAAGAUUCUCGGCCUUGAAGACUGCCUUGAUUAUAUCGGGAAAGGCGAAGUCCUCCAGAUAGCGAGUCCUAGUGACAAGCCCCGCAGGAGAGGAUUAUCCGACCUACCGGUACUGAGCAUCAAGGUUCAGUGGAUGCCAUGUGACAUAGACAUCUCAAAGGAUGAAGAGUGUCGCAUCUUGUCCUACGUCAACAACGCCCACCCAGUCAAGCACCGCGCGCUAUACCAAGCUAUUGAAAAGAUCAUUUCACGAACUGUACCCCUGUGGGAGGCAUCUCUUACUGAAAAGGAUCAUCCUAAGAGAAUCUCGUACAACCAGGUUGAAUGGGAAGAAGGUUACGGAGAUGGAGAAUUUUCGGAAUGGGACGAAGAGGAGGAACAGUAUGACGGAAAGGGUGACUAUCAGGAAUAUCUGAAGCGCAGUGAAGACCAUUACAAGCGCCAGAAACAAUAUGAAGCUACUCGCAAAGUCAAAAUUCCCGAGCCAGACAAUGACCGGGUGCAGCCUAUCAAUUUCCGAACAGACUUUUGCCAUCGCAAACUGCAGAACGAGCGUAUCGUGGCAUCAGCAAUCUACUACUACGAUAGCGAUAACAUCACCAACAGCUCGCUCGCUUUCCGCCAUCGCGAAAUGGAUCAUUACAUGGACGACCUCGACUACGACCAACAUCAACACCAAUUCAUGCAACAGGCAUAUGGCUACUCCAUCGACUUGGAAAACAACACCCGCUGCCUGACGACGCAAGAACUCGGCAGCGUGGUCUCCAAGGAGGGUACACUCAUCACCUUCCCCAAUACGCUUCAGCACUGCGUAAGUCCGUUUUCGCUGGAGGAUCGGUCCAGGCCUGGUCAUUGCAAGGUUUUCGCAUUGUUCUUGGUCGUUCCGCACCGACGCGUUAUUUCUUCGGCUAAUGUGCCGCCGCAACGAGAGGAUUGGAAAGAGAGUAUUUUACAUGACGCUGUUGGGACCCUGUCCUGUGUAAUUUACUCGAAAAUGCCAUACACCGGUGACUCAGUGCCAUGCUAUCCACCCCAAGCAGGAGGCAUCUUCACCCAUCCGUCUCUCAUCAAUGUCACGUUAGAUCUCACAAAAUGGUCUCGAGACUUCUCCCAUCCAAACAUCACCCCGUCCGCGAUAUGA